AUGAAUAAAAUCUCACUCAAAUUAGGAAACAAGAACUUGAAAAAGAACAUCACCAAAAAGGUAAAAAAAAAGAGCUCUUCCCAGAAGGUUAACCUAUUUAACUGGGAGAAUGCGGAAGUAACAAGUAUUUCGCAUAAAUCUCAAAAUAAGAUAAAGAUUCAAAGUAUUGACAAAUUCGAUCUUGAUGAGGAAUCAUCUCUCAAAAAAAGACUAGUAAUCAAACUGAAGGAAAAUUCAAAUGCCAAAAAAAACGAUACCUCUUUGGUGGAAUAUGUCACUGAAAAAGAAUACAGUGAAGUACCUUUCGAGGAGUUUGGAGAUGCACUACUCCGAGGUAUGGGAUGGGAAAGCGAUGAGGAGGAUGUUAAAGGAGGCAAGGAACACAACAGCAAAAAAGACAAUGCAGAUAUCUCGCGGAUGCACCCUGAUGGAUUGGGGAUUGGUGCUAAACUAAACAAGGCAAUAAGCGUGAAGGAAACAACAUUCAUGCCUGUCGUAAAAAUCGAUAAAUCGACGGGCGCCAAGGUUAAUGAAGAUAAAAAAGAGAACCUGAGUAACGAUAUGGCUUGA